GUUCUCACAAUAGAUCAAGUGUUCCAAAUUCUACUGCGUUAUAUAGAAACAAAAUCGUGGAAAGAAGCAUUUUUCAAAGUGAUUCCAAAGAGACGACUAGCUGAUGAAGAAAUAAAUGGCGGUAGCAGUGAUCAAGGCGAAAGUGGGGAUCCAGAUUGUAAGAGGGGCCGGAAAGAUGACGAGAACGGAGAGAGUCAGACUGAGCGGGGAAUUGAGAAGGAUUCGGUUGUUGGGGAGGAUCGAGGAGGUUCAGACAUGAAGUCAGUCACGAAUGGUAAUGGGAAUGGAGAGAAUUUGACAGGAGAGAAACUUGAGAAAGAGAGUGCUGGUGAGGAUCGAAGAGGUGCAGACGUUACGACAGUCGGAGAGGAUAACGAAGAUGGGGAGAGACUGAGUGAAAAGACGGUUAGAGAGCGAACAGCUGAACAGGGUCAGGGAGAAAAGGACUGA